AUGCUUUUCAAGGCAGGAUGUGCCGCGGGCUUCUGUGCCGCAGCGUCUGCUCUUGCUCUCCCGCAGAUUGCACAAGUCCGUGAUGGCCAGGUGCAAGUACCCACCUCUACUUCUGUCGUCGGCAGCGUCACUACUUCAGCCGCAUCCAUGGCAUCGCCGUUCGGAUACUACUCGUAUCCUCAGAAGCCUUCGGUCAACAGCGCCGCCGUCGCCUCAGCUGCGGCCUACGCGGGCAUUCCCGCGUCUGAGAUUCCAGGAGCAACCAACGCGGUUCCUCCCGUCGUCAGCAGUCAAGUGACGGGAGUGACAUCCCACGGUCCCUACACCGGCACACCCACCACCACCGGUGCCGUCUCUAACGCGCCCGCGGGCACUGCCAUCCCAAUGCUGCCCCCCAACCCCAAGGAGCUGAUUUACAGCCCGGAUGGGACCCUCCACAACCAACAACCCAUCCCGUACCAGCCAGCCGGCGGCUUGGGCACCAACGGGACCGAGCCCGUAUACCGCGUGCAGUCUGACUUUGACUACGAGUCGAUCCUGCUGGGCCUGUACCAGGAAUGGAUCGAGCUGGAUCUGUUCCACCACAUCCUCGCCACCUUCUCCGAGGAGGAGUUCACGGCGGCCGGUCUGACACCAUCGGACCGCUUCCUCAUCCAGUUCAUGGCCGACCAGGAAUCCGGACACGCCACCCUGCUGUCUAACCUCCUCGGCGGUCCGGGAGGCGCCACACCGCAGUGUACCUACAACUACCCGUUCACCACGGUGCACGAAGCCUUCGACUUCACGCAGAAGCUUACCCGCUUCGGCGAGUCCGGCGUCUGGGGAUUCCAAGCGCACCUGGACUCCCGCGAAGUCGCGCAGCUGCUCGACCAGUCCAUCGCCACCGAGGCCCGCCAGCAGAUGAUCUUCCGCCAGUUCGCCGGCCUGUUCCCCAUGCCCGUCUGGUUCGAGACUGGCAUCCCCCAGUCGUGGGCCUGGACCCUGCUCGCCCCCUACAUCUCCUCGUGCCCGGCGAACAGCAAGCGGCUGGCGUGGCAGAACUUCCCGGCCCUGACGGUCCUCAACCAGCCCAACAGCGCACGCAUGAACGCCACGCAGACGGGCUUCAACGAGACGACGGGUUUCGGCCCGGCGGCCCCCGGCUCAGACGUCCCCAAGGCCGAGUCGUGCAUCGGCACCAACGUGACGGGCUUCGACUGCUCGGCGGCCAUCUCCCAGAACCGCAGCAUCCCGCUCUCGUUCCCCGGCCGCAAGGUCUUCCUCAGCUGGGAGAACCCGGGCAAGGCCGUUGGGCCCAACAACUCCUACGUCACGGACACCAAGGCGGGCGCGCCGCAAUGGGUCCUCUGGGUCAGCCAGCUGAACAUCACCUACUCGCCACUGACCAACAUCUCGUCGUCCAACGGCACAAACUUUGGCCAGACGAUCCAGCCCGAUGUCUCUACCUACGAGGGAGACCCGGCUAUCAAUGGUACCAUGUUUAUCGCUCUUACCGAUAACAACCUGCCAUACACCUCCUUCAACCUGAGCAACGUCAACCCUCACGUAGCUGCUGGUCCUUUCUUGUACCAGGCUGGUUAA